AUAUCGUAUGAGGACAAUGAUCAAUGAAUCUAACUCUCAAAUAGUAGUUGGUAUUCACUCGGUAGUUUUAUUAUUGCACAACUUAGUGUAAAGUGAAUAGUUUUUUUUUUUGAAUAUAUUAAAAUACAAUUCAUCAGUUAUAAUUAUUAGAAGCUCUACAAUGGAUUUAUAUUUAUUCAAUAAACUUAUUACGUCUUAAUUUUUGUCAGGUUUUAUUUGAAAAGUAAUUUAAAAACCAAAAUGAAGACUUGUCAAAUUUUAGUCAUUCUAACAAUCUUUGGAUUUUGCGCAGCAGAUCCUCUUGUGAGAUAUCAACCAGAACAAAUCCAUUUAUCAUUGGGUGAAUCUGAAACUGAGUUAGUGGUUACAUGGACAACAUGGAACAAUACAGACGAAUCAGUAGUAAAAUAUGGAAUUAACGGACCAAUUCUUAAAGCUACAGGUUUUUCUACAUUAUUUGUAGAUGGUGGUGAACUCCAUCGUACUCAGUAUAUACAUCGUGUUAAGCUUACAGGUUUACAACCAUCUAGUAAAUAUGUGUAUUAUUGUGGAAGUAAUCAAGGUUGGUCUCCCCAGUUUUGGUUUAAUACUGUUCCUAGUGAUACCAAUUGGUCACCAAGCUUAGCUUUUUUUGGUGAUUUGGGUAAUGUAAAUGCACAAUCUCUUCCUAGAUUACAAGAGGAAACUGAACGAGGACUUUAUGAUAUGAUACUUCAUAUCGGUGAUUUUGCAUAUGAUAUGGAUAGUGAGAAUGCCAAAGUUGGAGAUGAAUUUAUGCGUCAGUUGGAACCUAUAGCUUCAUAUGUACCAUACAUGACUUGUCCUGGCAAUCAUGAACAAAAAUACAAUUUCAGCAAUUACAAAGCUCGUUUUAGUAUGCCUGGUGGCUAUGAGAACAUGAUGUAUAGUUUUAAUUUAGGACCCGCUCAUUUCAUUAGUAUUUCUACAGAGUUUUACUAUUUUCUUUACUAUGGAAUUAAACCUGUUGUUUUACAAUACGAGUGGCUUGUUAAUGAUCUAAAAGAAGCAAAUAAACCUGAAAAUCGUAAACAGAGACCAUGGAUAAUUGUGUAUGGUCAUAGACCAAUGUAUUGUUCAGAUGAUGACAAAGAUGAUUGUACAUAUCAUGAAACAAUUACUAGAGUUGGUCUCCCAUUACUCCAUUGGUUUGGGUUAGAAAACCUAUUUUAUGACAAUGGAGUUGACUUGUGUCUUUGGGGCCAUGAACAUACAUAUGAAAGAAUGUGGCCUGUGUAUGACCGUACUGUUUAUAAUGGCUCUUAUUUAGAGCCAUAUACAAAUCCAGGAGCACCAGUUCACAUUACAUCUGGUUCUGCUGGUUGCCAAGAAAGAACUGACAAUUUUAUCCCAAAUCCUCCAUAUUGGUCAGCGAUUAGAAAUAGUGAUUAUGGUUAUGGUCGUUUGAAGAUUUAUAAUAGUACACAUUUGUAUGCUGAACAAGUUUCUGAUGACAGGGAUGGUGAAGUUAUAGAUCAUAUUUGGCUCAUCAAGGACCAUCAUAAACCUUAUGGAAAAUCAACUUCAAAAUAAUAUUAUAAUAUAAGUUUAAAAAAUGUUGUUAUCUUAUUUAAUAUGUUAUACAGAUUAAACAUUCAUUGAGUAUGCCUUAUUUUUAUGUUACAUCAUUGAUUAUACAUAGUAUAAUCAAUGGUUACAUGUAUAAGUGUAUGACUUUUAUUUAAUCAUAAUUUUCAAAAAAAAUAAUAAAUUUAAAUAUAAUUAUUAUAUUGUAUUGACUAUUUACUAUUAAUUAAUUCAAACAAUAAUAAAAAUAUUAUAACUACACUACUAGAGAAGUGGUCUCUUACAGGACUCACUUUGGAAAUAAAGUAUUCAUUUAGUGCAAAAACAAUUAGCGAAGAUUAAUAUACUUUGUACCUAUAUUUAUAAUAUUUUCUUUUAAAUUUAUAUAUAUAUUUUU